AUGGAUCUGAUCUCAGCUUGUGACCGGGCGAUGACUCCUGUAGGUUUGGACGACAUGGUGGCAGACCUGGCCACCAUGUCCCCAAACGCUACUGCAGUGGGAUCACCAGGCAUCUUAGUGGCAACCAGAGUCCUAGUCCUGCUCACAUGUAUGUUGCUGGUUGCUUGGAAUCACACGGACAAGAAAACUGUGCCCGGUCCUUCAUUCUGUCUUGGUUUGGGGCCACUUCUUUCAUACAUGAGAUUCAUUUGGACUGGCAUUGGAACAGCCAGCAACUACUACAACAACAAAUAUGGAGACAUUGUUAGAGUCUGGAUCAACGGAGAGGAAACACUUGUACUCAGCAGGGCAUCAGCAGUUCAUCAUGUACUAAAAAAUGGACAUUACACUUCACGUUUUGGGAGCAAGCAGGGACUCAGCUGCAUCGGCAUGAAUGAGAGAGGCAUCAUAUUUAACAACAAUGUAACUCUUUGGAAAAAGAUACGCACUUAUUUCACCAAAGCCCUGACAGGUCCUGGCUUGCAGCAAACAGUGGAGGUUAGUGUCUCUUCUACGCAGACUCACCUGGACAACCUGGACAGUUUAGGUCAUGUGGACGUCCUCAGUUUGCUGCGCUGCACCGUGGUCGACAUCUCAAACAGACUCUUUCUGGGUGUACCUGUCAAUGAAAAAGAGCUGCUGCUGAAGAUUCAGAAGUAUUUUGACACAUGGCAGACUGUGCUGAUCAAACCAGAUGUUUACUUCAAGUUUGACUGGAUUCACCAUAGGCACAAGACAGCAGCCCAGGAGCUGCAGGAUGCCAUAGAGACUCUUGUGGAACAGAAGAGGAGAGAAAUGGAACAAGCAGAUAAACUUGACAACAUCAAUUUCACCGCAGAGCUCAUAUUUGCACAGAACCAUGGUGAACUGUCCGCUGACAAUGUGAGGCAGUGUGUGUUGGAGAUGGUGAUCGCAGCCCCGGACACUCUGUCCAUUAGCCUCUUCUUCAUGCUGCUGCUCCUCAAACAGAAUCCAGGUGUGGAGCUGCAGCUGCUGCAGGAGAUAGACACUGUUGUAGGUGAGAGGCAGCUUGAGAACAGUGACCUUCAGAAGCUGCAGGUGCUGGAGAGCUUCAUCAAUGAAUGCUUGCGCUUCCACCCAGUGGUGGACUUCACUAUGCGUCGAGCCCUGUCUGAUGACAUCAUAGACGGCUACAGGGUACCGAAGGGCACAAAUAUCAUCCUGAACACAGGCCGCAUGCACCGGACAGAGUUUUUCCACAAAGCCAAUGAAUUCAGUCUGGAAAACUUUGAAAAAAAUGCUCCGCGUCGUUACUUCCAGCCAUUUGGCUCGGGCCCUCGCGCCUGUGUUGGCAAACACAUCGCCAUGGUGAUGAUGAAAUCCAUCCUGGUGACGCUGCUCUCCCAGUACUCUGUUUGCCCCCAUGAGGGCUUGACCCUGGACUGCCUCCCACAGACCAACAACCUCUCCCAGCAGCCUGUUGAGAACCAGCAAGAGGCCGAACAUCUUAGCAUGAGAUUCUUACCCAGACAGAGAGGCAGCUGGCAAACACUCUGA